UUUUGUUUUUGCACAGUAUAAUAGUUUUAAAGUUUCGCGGUUAUGCCCCCAAAUCCCAUUGUUGUUCUGCAUCUUCUUCUUCAUCUUCCUCUUCCCCUUCAUUAUUGUCGACUCUCUGGAUUUCUUCGUCGCCUUCUUCUUCUUCUUCUGCUUCAUUAAUCGCUUCUUCAACCUCUUCAGUUUAUGCUCCUACUGUUUGUUCUAUGCUCUGGACCUAGACGCGCUUUGACGGGGACCAGCCAUUUGAAAAUCGAUUGCUAGAGCUCAUGGCCCCGUCAAGAAAGUCCAGAAGUGUUAAUAAGCGGUUUUCUUCUUCUAAUGAGGCCUCCUCAAGUAAAUACGUGGAAGAUGCUAGCAAAACCAAGCAGAAGAAGAGGAAAUUUGCUGACCUGUUAGGGCCUCAAUGGAGUAAGGAUGAGGUUGAGCAGUUCUAUGAAGCAUAUCGUAAAUAUGGAAAAGAUUGGAAGAAGGUUGCUGCUGCAGUAAGGAACCGUUCUACAGAAAUGGUUGAGGCUCUUUUCACCAUGAAUAGGGCCUAUUUAUCACUUCCAGAGGGCACUGCUUCAGUCGUUGGGUUAAUUGCAAUGAUGACUGAUCAUUACAGUGUACUGAUUAAUUGUCAGAGGGAUAGUGAAAGUGAACAAGAAAGCAACGAGGAUUCUGGAGCAAUAAGAAAGCCUCAAAAGCGACUGCGUGGAAAGCCACGAAAUAACAAUUCUAAAGGAUCAGAUGCACAUUUCGGAGAUGCUUCACAAUCACAGUCACUUCCAGCAAAUUAUGGCUGCCUGUCAUUGUUGAAGAAGAGGCGUUCUGGAAUUAAACCUCAUGCUGUUGGAAAACGGACUCCACGGGUUCCUGUAUCAUAUUCAUAUGAUAAAGAUAGUAGAGAGAAGCUUUUUUCACCCUCCAAGCAUAGUAGCAAGGCAAAGGUUGAUGAUCCAAAUGAUGAUGAUGUUGCUCAUGAGAUAGCUUUAGUUUUAACAGAGGCUUCACAACGAGAUGGUUCUCCUCAACUUUCACAAACACCAAAUCCAAAAAUAGAAGGUCAUGUACUUUCACCUAUACGAAAUGACAGGAUGCGAAGUGAAUCGGACAUGAUGAGUACGAAGUUUCGUUGUAGUGAAAUGGAUGAAGGUGGUUGUGAAUUAAGCUUAGGAAGCACUGGAGCUGAUAAUGCAGACUAUGACCUGGGGAAAAAUACUCGUGAGAUUCAAAGAAAGGGUAAAAGGUACUAUGGAAAGAAGCCAGAAGUUGAAGAAAGUAUGUACAACCACUUGGAUGACAUUAAGGAAGCUUGCAGUGGGACUGAAGAGGGACAAAAAUCGAGCAGUUUGAGGGGAAAACUUGAAACUGAGGAUUUGGAUGUAAAAUCUGCGAGAUCCUCUUUUAAAGGCCAGAGGAAAAGAAGUAAGAAAGCUCUAUUUGGAGAUGAAUGUUCAGCAUUUGAUGCACUGCAAACUUUAGCUGAUUUGUCUCUAAUGAUGCCAGACACAAAUGCAGAGACUGAGCCUUCUGCAAAGGUUAAAGAAGAAAAUCUUGAUGUCAUGGGCAAGUCUAAACUGAAAGGGAGUCAUUCAGUUGCUGGUGCUGAAAUCUCUGCUCUCAAAACAUCUAAGACGGGAAAAGCUUUUGGCAACAAUGUUGGCCCUAUUCCUGAAGCAGAGGGAAUUCAAGGAUCCAAUAUCGGAAAUCGAAAAAGGAAACUGAAGUCUUCUCCAUUUAAAAUAUCAUCUAAAGAUGAAGAUAACAAUGAUUCUCGUGUCAAUGACAUUCUGAAAAUCAAGGCUGCGGAUGAAGCAAAGAGUUCUGUUGGUAAAGUUAAACGUUCCCCUCAUAAUGCUGGACCUGCAAAGUCUGGCAAAAUAUCAAAACCUCUAGAUCAUCACUCAUCUUCAAGUACUGACCAUAAAAGAGAAGACGGUGACUAUGCUUUAUCCACAGCCCAAGUUCUAUCAAAUAAUCCAAUCAGCUUACCUACCAAACUGAGGAGCAGGCGGAAGAUCAACCUGUGGAAGUCACAAAGAGAGACAAAAAUUUCUGAUAGUACUUCGAUCGAUCAACUUAACAUAACUGCUCAAUCAAUAGAUGAUAGAUCACAUGAUCUCAAGGAGCGGCAUUCUAAUUGCUUAUCUUGGCAUAAAUUGCGUAGAUGGUGUGUUUUUGAGUGGUUCUAUAGUGCAAUCGAUUUCCCAUGGUUCGCGAAAUGUGAGUUUGUAGAGUACUUAAAUCAUGUUGGAUUAGGUCACAUUCCUAGAUUGACACGUGUUGAGUGGGGUGUUAUUCGAAGUUCCCUUGGGAGACCACGGAGAUUCUCAGGUCAAUUCUUGAAGGAAGAAAAACAGAAGCUAAAUCAAUAUCGGGAAUCCGUUAGGAAACACUAUGCUGAACUUCGUGCAGGCACAAGGGAGGGACUUCCAACUGAUUUAGCUCGGCCAUUAUCUGUUGGACAGCGUGUUAUUGCGAUUCAUCCAAAAACAAGAGAGAUCCAUGAUGGAAGUGUACUUACCGUUGACUAUAGCAGAUGUCGUGUUCAGUUUGACCGCCCUGAACUUGGGGUUGAAUUUGUCAUGGAUAUCGAGUGUAUGCCUUUAAAUCCAGUUGAAAACAUGCCUGCAAAUUUGUCAAGACACGGUGUGACUCUUGAUAAAAUAUUUGGGAACCUCAACGAGGUUAAGAUUAAUGGCUUACUGAAGGAAGCGAAGAUUGAAGACUACAUAAAAUCAACCAGUAAUGAUAAACUUGAAAGCACCGAGGGUUCUGUGUAUAUUUCCCCUUCCACUCAUCAUAUCAACAAACUAAUUAAACAAGCAAAGGUUGACCUUGGGUGCUCUAAUCUACCAGCUAAAUUUGGGCUUAGUGAGACUGUCGGUAUUCAACAGGAGACAAGUUCCCAACCUUGUGCCCUUGCUCAAAUUCAAGCAAAAGAAGCUGAUGUUCAUGCUCUUUCUGAAUUGUCACGUGCACUUGACAAGAAGGAGGUGGUGGUAUCUGAAUUGAAGCGCUUGAAUGAUGAGGUCUUGGAAAACCAAAUAAAUGGAGACAACUUACUCAAGGAUUCAGAGAACUUUAAGAAGCAAUAUGCUGCCGUGUUAUUACAGUUGAAUGAAGUUAACGAACAGGUUUCCUCUGCUCUGUAUUGCUUGAGGCAGCGCAAUACAUAUCAAGGGACUUCACCAUUGAUGUUCCUCAAGCCAGUGCCUGAUUUGGGCGACCCUUGCUCUCAUUCUCAAGAACCCGGUUCCCAUGUGGCUGAAAUUGUGGGAAGUUCCAGAGCAAAGGCUCAAACAAUGAUCGAUGAAGCAAUGCAGGCAAUUCUAGCUCUGAAAAAAGGAGAAAGUAAUAUGGAGAAUAUUGAAGAAGCCAUUGAUUUUGUGAGUAAUAGACUCUCGGGGGAUGAUUUUGCCUUGCCAUCUGUGAGAUCAACAGCUGCAGAUACUAGUACUGCCGCUCUAUCAUCUCAGAAUAAUUUGAAUGCGUGUACUUCAAACCCAUCGUCUGCUAAUUAUGUAGUUGGUCCCAAGUCCAAUGGCUCAUCAGAAAAGACUGAAGUGGAGAUCCCGUCAGAACUUAUUGCACACUGUGUAGCGACUUUACUCAUGAUUCAGAAAUGCACAGAACGACAGUUUCCACCAUCUGAUGUCGCUCAGGUACUGGAUUCUGCCGUCAGUAGUUUGCAGCCUUGUUGUCCUCAGAACCUUCCACUAUAUGCGGAGAUACAGAAAUGCAUGGGAAUUAUAAGGAGCCAGAUACUUGCGCUUAUACCCACAUAGGUUCGAAUCCACUUCCCUUGUAUUAAGACAAAUUGAAAUGGUGAGUAAAUACGUCUUAGAUAUAAUAUUUUGUCCGCACCUUUUUGAAUUAUAGAUGUGCAUCUCCUUGGCUAUCAGUUUCUUUGUUCACUGUAUCAUAGACUGGAAUUAUGUAUAAAUCAUUAUAGUUUGAUCAAAUUGUAGUUUCAUUGAAUGAAUUCAAUCUUCCACCUGCUUUUGCAUUA